GCACUCCGAAUUUAUUACACGUACCCCACACGGCCCCAAAAGCCGCGAUACAUUUACUCUUAUCUGUAUUAUUUUUUCCCUUUGUUAUAUCUUCGUGUUCGACUCGAACGGGCGCCAUUUCAUCUCCUGCUUCUCUGUCGCAGAAGCACCAUUCUCUCUCUCCCGAAAUAAAGUAAAGCGAGCGAUAACGAUACACGCUAAUCGAGUAAGAUAACAAAAAAGCGGUUUGUACUUUCCUUUGCGUUUUUCCUCUUUUAUUUAUUUGACACCAUGUCGCGCUGUGGGACGUGCAAUGUGGCGCUGGACGACGCCGAGGCGCUCCGCAAUCACUACGGCUCUGAAGUUCACCUCACUAACGUGCGUCGCCGCGUGGAGGGGCUGCGUCCGUUAAACCAGCAAGAGCAGCGCCACGCGCAGCAAGAAAUCGAUGGCGCUGGCGUGGACGAGAGCGGCGCCCCCGUGUACUCGUGCACGCUGUGCAAGAAGACCUUCCGCUCCGUCCAGACCCUGCAGACGCACAUCCGCUCCACCGCACACCUCAUGCGGAAGGAGCAGCGCAUUGUCGCACGUGAUUCGGAGGCGGCGAGUAUGCUGACCUCGACCUCGCUGGGCAGCGCCGCGAUGGGGCUGCAUCGGCGACACAACGCCAAGAAGGGGGCGGCCCGCAAGGACGCCGCGCAGAAGAGCAAAACGGCAGCCGCGAAGGUGGGACUCGAAGAACGGGAGGAGGACACGAGCGAGGUGCGCUGCAUGUUUUGCGGUCUGCUCUCACCGGAUGUGGCAGCCAACGUGCAGCACAUGGAGGCGGCACACCACUUUAUGAUCCCCAUGGCCCACCACUGCAAGGACGUUCCCGCGCUGCUCGCCUACCUGGCGCGGAAGGUGAACGGGUUAAUGUGCAUUGUGUGCAACGAGCGCACCCGCUCCUUUGCGUCGCUGGAGGCCCUGCGCGACCACAUGCGUGAGUCGAAUCACGAGCGGCUGAUCCUCAGUCCGGAGUAUCAGGAGUUUUACGAUGUCGUGCUGGCGAACCCGGAGGGCCUGGCCCCUGUGCAGCUCGAAGGUGUCCGCGGCGACGAGAUGGUCCUGCUCGACGAAAAAUCGAAGGGCAAGGCCCGUGUCGUGCUGAAACGCGAGGGCGAGGUCCCCCGUGCCCGCCCGCGCGAGACAGAGGUGCAGAAUGAGAAGCGCAAGGCCAUCCUCGCCGCUGAGCAGGAGUCGCGUGCUCUCGUGAAGCAGGAGCAGAAGGAGCUGAUGAUGGCGCAGAACCAGGAAGCGGCGUGGGUGGCGACGCGUAGCGGCAACGCCCGCCACGAUCUUCAACUGGAUGUUAGCAUGCGCACGAACAAGCUGCACCCGAAGGGAUACGAUGGCAACAUGAUGUUCAGUUAG